AUGAAUAAUUCUACCGGUAUGUUACCUGUGGAUUGGACUACAGACACUCCCGUGGUAACACCAGGACUCGUCACAGACAACAAGUCCGCUUACACUUCCAAUUCAACGGAGAGAUUCUUUCCUGUCCUGCAACAUGCCAUACCUAUAAUUGUCGUCUACACCAUGGCUUAUCUCUUAGUUUUUCUUUUUGCUUUCUUUGGAAAUUUAAUAGUUGUCAUUGUCAUUUGGCGGAAUCGCUGGCUUCAUACUGUCACAAACUUUUUUAUCGUCAACCUAGCAGUGGCAGACAUUUUAGUGGCAAUAUUCUGUGUUCCAAUCACUUUGUUGACCAACAUAUAUACAGGUUGGCCGUAUGGUUCGAUGAUGUGUAAAGUGACUCCUUACCUGCAGGGUGUGUCUGUCUGUGCGUCCGUCAACACUCUUGCCGCCAUUGCACUCGACAGAUACCUGGCUAUCUGCUACACACUGAACUACAAACUUACUGGGAGAGUCGCUCGCGUGGUGAUGGGUUGUGUAUGGGCGUUUGCUCUAUGCAUUAUGAUUCCAUGGGCAGUGUUUUACCAGCAUGACAAGUAUAACUCAUCGAUACAGGCCAUUUACAUCUGUCAUUUGGUUUGGCCUAGCCAAGUUUCCGGGAAAUUCUUUUUGGCGGGAAUCUUCUUAUUCUGUUAUACCAUCCCUCUUCUUCUCAUUGUCGUCUGCUACGCACUCAUUGGGUUCCGGGUUUGGAACAGGAAUGCUCCGGGAAUAUUCAAAUCUAACGGGAUCAUUCACAAAUCUAAAGUUAAAGCAAUUAAAAUGCUUCUAGUUGUCGUCAUAUUAUUUGGGUUGUCAUGGUUACCGUUAUAUGCAAUCAAUCUCAAGAUAGUGUUUUCGCCGCCAUCUUUAUCGGACAUGCAUACUGUGACAAUACUUUACGAUUAUUUAGUACCUGUUUCACAGUGGUUGGGACUAGCAAACAGUGGUAUAAAUCCAAUUAUUUAUUGCCUAUUCAGUCGUAAAAUCAGAACGAGAAUCAAGGUUAUGGUAACAUGUAACGAAACACAAGAAUUCAAACGCCAGUUUAGAAAAUUUUCCAGCACCAGAUAUGUUUCUGUGGACUACACAAAUGGACAAGUUACGUUGAGAACUCAUGGAACGGAGAAGGAAAGAAGGUCAAGGUCGCUUAAAUCAUUGAACAAUGUGUAUGACUGA